AUGCCCCAUGAUGACAAAGUUCCAAAAAUGCUCCGGAGGGUCCUCGUGCAGCUGUCGCUGAACAGCAUGAAAUCUGCCAGUAUCUGCAUCGGCCGCCCGGUCCUGCUCACCAGUGCGGCGGGAAGGCAAGAGGUCUGUACAGCUUGGCCCACAGCGGGCUUUCCGGGAGGCAAGGUUGGACUGAGUGAAACCACACAGAAGAACCUGAAAGUGAAUCCCGGAGAUGCAGUCACUGUGCAGCCUGUGACUGGGGCGGUCAUCCAGGCAGAGGAGGUAGAUGUGAAACUGAGAGAGAAGGAUGCCUCUAUUAAUGCUGAGGAAAUGUCUGUCUGUCUACUGAGAAACCUAGAUGGGAAAGUUGUUUUGCCAGGAAACCUCUUGGCUUUCACUUUCUAUGGCAGACUUUGUAACCUGGUGGUAACGAGAGUGACAGGAAGCGAUGAUGUGGAGCUGACUGCCCUGAGCAGUGCCAUUUCCAGUGCCAUGGGCGAGCAAGACCCUGAGGGGGUUGAGCUGGAGGCAAGUGCGCUGGAUUUGUCCCUACAGCUCAGCAAGAUGGACGUGGAGGAUGCUCUGGAGGCUGCAUCUCCGAGCACACCAAGCAAACUGCUGGUUCCAGAGUCACCAGUUACAACCACUUCUGCUCUGGUAGCUGGUGGUCAAGACUCUGGUCAGGUGGAUAAACCUGAUAAUAAGGGAAGUGCCACAGACCCCACUGAUGAUUCAGAGCUGAUUGGGAAAGGUGGCAGUGAGAGCCUCCUGGUACCUGACAAACCUGGGAUGAUGAGCAGUGCAGAUGUCUUUUAUUUCAUUUCUUCAAGAACUAGAAUCAAUUUCAUUGAAACGAGGCCCAGUGAGGCAGAAGAUGGUGACUGUGAAUCCCGAGUGACCUAUGAUAUGAUAGGAGGCUUAAGUGGCCAGCUCAGAACUGUUAGAGAAACAAUCGAACUGCCGAUGAAGCAACCUGAACUGUUCAAGAGUUACGGAAUCCCCCCUCCUAGAGGAGUGCUGCUACAUGGCCCUCCAGGAACUGGGAAGACUAUGAUUGCCAAGGCUGUUGCAAAUGAGGUUGGCGCUCACGUUACCGUUAUUAACGGUCCUGAAAUAAUAAGCAAGUUUUAUGGAGAAUCUGAAUCAAGAUUACGUCAGAUAUUUGCUGAAGCUUCUUUGCGUCGCCCUUCCAUUAUAUUUAUAGAUGAGUUGGAUGCACUCUGCCCAAAGAGAGAAGGGGCUCAGAAUGAAGUCGAGAAGAGAGUUGUAGCUUCGCUGUUGACAUUAAUGGAUGGCAUUGGCUCUGAGGGCAGUGAGGGGCAGCUCCUGGUGCUUGGAGCCACUAAUCGUCCUCAUGCACUGGAUGCAGCCCUGCGCAGACCUGGGCGUUUUGAUAAAGAAAUAGAAAUUGGGAUUCCUAAUGGCCAGGACCGGCUGGACAUACUCCAAAAACUUCUUAAGAAGGUUCCUCAUUCGCUCACAGCAGCAGAGUUGGCACAACUGGCCGAUAACGCGCAUGGAUACGUGGGUGCAGACCUAGCAGCCUUGUGCAAGGAGGCAGGUUUGCACGCGCUGCGGCGCGCGCUGGGGGCCAGAGCUGAGCGGCUGGAUCACGAGGUGGCCGGCUCGGUGCGGAUUGCUUUCCAGGACUUCCUGCAGGCCGCCAAGGAGGUCAGGCCCAGCGCCAUGAGGGAGGUGGCAGUUGAUGUGCCAAAGGUCUCUUGGUCAGACAUAGGAGGACUGGAAGAUGUCAAGCUCAAACUGAAACAGGCAGUUGAGUGGCCGCUCAAGCAUCCCGACUCCUUCAUCCGAAUGGGGAUUCAGCCACCAAAGGGAGUGCUGCUUUACGGACCUCCUGGGUGCUCUAAAACAAUGAUAGCAAAAGCUCUGGCUCAUGAAAGUGGUCUCAACUUCUUGGCAGUGAAGGGACCCGAGCUGAUGAAUAAAUAUGUUGGUGAGUCUGAACGAGCAGUGAGAGAGAUCUUCAGAAAAGCCAGAGCAGUGUCUCCUUCAAUUCUUUUCUUUGAUGAAAUAGAUGCCUUGGCAGUUGAAAGGGGAAG